AUGCGCUUCUCAUCGUCUACUGUUCUCGCGGCUCUGCCCGCCCUCGCUGCCGCGCAGGACUCUCCCAUUGAUCAGUACAAGGCCCAAUUCCAGAAUGUCAUCGGCCAGUUCGCUUCCUACAUUCCUAACCCAGCCCACCAUGACCCCGUUGCUGCCGCCGAGGCCAAGGCUGGUGCCAUGAGACUCAACGUCUUGACUCUGGACAACUGGAAGGAGACCCUCUACGAGCCUGUUUCCGCUGACGCCACUACUCCCGAGGAGUGGUGGUUGCUCGUCUCUGGUGGAAACAAGACCUGCUAUGGUCGAUGCGGAGCUGUCGAGCAGGCCUUCAACGAGACCGCUGCCAAGUUUGCGCUCCUCGACAACACCCCCCAUAUGGCUUACUUGAACUGCGACCACCAGCCUAUCCUCUGCAACUCCUGGUCUGCUGGCCCUCCCAGCCUCUACGUUUUUGAGAUGCUUCCUGAGCCCGCAGCUGUCGAGGUCUACAGCAAGAGACUCAACGUGACCACCACCACCUCUGACACUCUGCUCGCCCUCCAGGCCUCUGGUAGCAAGGACGAGUUCCACCUUCACACCAGCGCCUGGUUCCACCCCGUGAACGGCAAGCUGGCCGAGCAUGGCCUGGCCAUUCCCUUCGGUUACUUGAUGUGGGCCAUGAACCUCGUUCCCAACUGGCUUUUCAUGCUUGUUGUGUCUUUUGGCAGCCGCGCUAUGAUGUCCCGCCGCAUGCAAGGCGCGAACGGUGCUCAGCCCGCCCGAUAA